CAUCACUCAACCUCCCGCCUACGAUCCCAGCGUAGAGACCUCGAACGACGCCAUACAACAACGCAUAAACUAAGCCGUCAAGAUGGCGUCGAAUCCCGAGUCUUUCUACGAGCUGUAUCGCCGUAGCAGUAUUGGCAUGGCCCUCAUGGACAUGCUCGACGACCUCAUCAGCGUUGAGCGCAUCUACCCACAGCUGGCCAUGAAAAUCCUGGCCAACUUUGACCAGGCCAUUACCGAGGCGUUGCAGAAAUCCGUGCGGGCCCGUCUGACCUUCAAGGGCAGUCUAUCUACCUACCGCUUCUGCGACGAAGUGUGGACCUUCCUCAUUAAGAAUGUACAAUUCAAGCUCGAUAGUGGAGGGCAGAUCGUCCAUGCGGAUAAGGUCAAGAUCGUGAGCUGCAACGCUAAAAAGCCUGGCGAGGGCGCUUAGUACCUUAGAGCUUGGCUCCGGAGUGUUUCGCGGUCAAGCUUAUUGACCAAUGGCCUGGGAUACGGGUUGCUUUCAUCCUUACGCAGAAUGGACGAGCAAAGUCUUGGUGGUUUUUUCCGGGAUGGGUAUUGGAGUUCCGGAACCGAUAUGGGAGUUCUUGGCCCUUUCUUUCCUUCUUUCCCGGGAGAGGGUAUCGUUAUCUACUGGAGAGGCGAAAGACCGCGGGAUAAGAGGGAAUGCAUUGGAUAGGAGGCGUUGGGUCUAGGACAUGAUACCAAGUUUAGGGAUCACGAGAAAUCAGUUUCAAAAUAAGAAUUCACACUCCUAGACAUGCCAGCACUGUGACUGGCAUUGAACAAUGCAAACCAUUCAUGAUGGG